AUGGGAGUAAUUCACCAGGGACUUGGAACCUAUUACAGCUCCAAUAAUUCAGUUACAGAGGGAGGUUUCCUGCUAUAUAAACCCCUGCCAGCCUUCCGAUGGUCAUCAGUUCACCAGCUUCUCUCACUGAACUCUUCUUACUCUUCUUACCACCACCAACUCUUCGACAUGUCUCGAGUACUCUUUCUCUCUUUCCUCGUCAUCGCCUUCGCCAUGCUCGUCUUCGACGUCGCCUCUGCAUCCUACAAGAAACCACCCUUCAACGGUAGCAUCUUCGGCAAGAGGUCCGGACCACCAACAGACUAUGAAAACGCCGGCAAAGCCCUUUCCACAAUGUGCGAAAUUGCAUCCGAAGCCUGCGCAGCUUGGUUCCCAGUCCAAGAAAACAACCUCAACUAAAUUUACUUCUGCUGUGAAAACAGUUUUAUUUUUUAUUGCUAAUCAUAAAAUACUCAUAGUAAAAUAAUAAUUAUUAUAGAGAUGUAGUUUUAAUGAAUAAAUAUGUGAAAAAAUAA